AUGUCCGUCCUCCGCCCAGCCUUCCGCCAGCUGGUGGCCCCGGCUCGCGCCUUCUCCACCUCGGUCGCCCGCGCCGAGGCCUACACCCCUCCCGCCCGCUGGUCCACCGACCACGUCGCGCCCGCCGACGUUGUUGCUGGCAAGGCCGCCGGCCCCGCCACCGUUCACGACACUGCCAAGGAGAUCACCAUCGAGGUCACCUCGGACGCUCCCCAGGAGCUCCAGCACCGCCAGGUCCGCAUCUUCAAGCCCACCAAGAACACCAUGCAGAGUGCCAAGGGCAAGACCAAGGUCUGGCGCAUCGACUUUGACGUCCUCCAGGGCGCUGGCCGCUGGACCAACCCCCUCAUGGGCUGGGCCUCGUCUGCCGACUACAUGCAGGGCACUUCCCUUGCGUUCCGUACCCGCGAGGACGCCGUUGGCUUCUGCGACCGCCAGGGCUGGAACUACUUUAUCCAGGAGCCCAAGACGGCCCGUAUCCCCCCCAAGAACUACUCUGAGAACUACUCAUACGUUCCUGGGCCCCUCCGCAUCUGCCACACCAAGUAG